AUGGAGAGUUUUUUCAACCGCAUUCUGAUGGAGGUGGAAGGCGGCGUGGAUCAGCGCAAGACGAUGAAGGAAGUAGUGGCCACGCGCGACAACAUCAUUAGCGAGGAUGAAGAACGUCAGAUGGUAGGGCUGAUGAAUCUAUGCAAUCUACUAAACAUGGCGACUUCCGUGACUAUUUCAGCCAUACGGCCAAGUGUUUUUGUUCCGCCUAUAUUGGCCUGUUUAAAGAAGGAGCACAAUGUGGACUUGAUGUUAUUGGCCGCACGUGUCUUGACUUACAUGGUAGACGCCAUAUCUUCUACGGUUUAUGUGCUUGGGUCAGAAAAUGGCAUGGAUGCCGUUCUCCAACACCUGCUGGAGGUGAAGGAUAUUGAGCUUUCGGAUCAGUGUAUGACGUGUGUAGAAAAAUUACGCAGAGUUCUAAUGGCGCUUUGA